AUGGAUCAGUUUGCUAAAGAAUUGGACAAGAAUUUUACUUACAACACGAAUUCGGAUGGUUCCCCUGAUCACUCAGAACCGUGUUGCGAGAUUCCGUGCAUUGAUCCGAUUCACUCUGGAACAAGUCUUAAUGAACCGGAUAGCAAUGAUACUGAAGAGGAGGGUGGAGUACUCGUGGAGGAGGACCACGUGAGGCAUUCCACGUCUUUUACAGAGGACGAUUUCGCCAUUUCCAGUCGAGUUGCAGCCGUCGUUCAUCCUAGACUGCCCUUUUGGGCGUCUACUUUUGCCCUUGUUGACGUGCUUCUGAGUCACUUUGAUGCGCGAGGCAUGAGCGGCCGUCGGUUGCCCCUCCAACCGCCCUUGAGAUUGGUACAGCGGGCAAGCGCACACGUAGUGACUGCCUAUUUGGUCUUGUCCUACAAUCGUAACUCUUGUGGUCUAAACCCUGCUCUAACACUGAAUUCAAACAGCAUCGGGUCAUCAUCUGCGGAGAGUGAAGAGGAGAGUGACUAUGAGGAACCAAGGAAAAUGAAUGGAACACCUUCAUCGUCUGUAGGGGACACGGAGGCACGAACAGAGAGCGACAGUGUUGAGGAGGAUCAGCUCGCUCUUUCAACUGGUGAUGUGCCUGCAGAAAAGUCAGCUGAAUGUGUGGGUUAUCAACUGAUUGCUAUCAAAUCAUGGUUCCCUUCUCUAAUUGAGUCUUCUAAAGUACUUGUGGCUCUAGGGGGUUACGCUGUUCAGAUCUCACAUCUGCCAUGCGACAGGUGCCUCAAAUGUGGUGACUUAAUUAAUUCCGAUGAGAAAGUCAACGCUGCAUGUCCACACUUUCAUGUAAAUUGCUUCCGAUGCGCGCGUUGCGACUGCAUUCUUACAGAAGAAUUUUUACUUGUCAACGGUGCACCAUAUUGCAAAAAUCACUCGGAAUUUCUCUCUUCCGGCGAUACUGCGAAAGAGGAAAACUUGUCUGUAAUGGAACAAGACGAUGGUGAGGUCUCGUCUGAAUCGCUCUCGCUACCAAAGGAAAUGAAGAUCAGGAAUGACCAGGCCUUACAUCGCGGCUCACCUCCGCGCUCAGGCGACGUUUUACCGCCAAUGGGUUCGGCAAGGCGCUUGGUGGAGCAGUGGAGCAACAUCGAAGCCCUUAAAGCGAAUCAAAGUUUCACCAAUGUAACCAGUGCUGCAGACGACCAACAGGCCCCAAAGUCUAAGGUGUCCACAGAACCUACGGAACAGUGGCCCAGUCAAGGUCAAGCACGAGGUCUGAUCGCAAAGUUUUCAGCCAUGCAUGCUUAA